UCUAUACGUCAAUAGUUUAGGUUGGAAUUUUAUUUUAAAAUCGGACUGUACGUAAUUAAUGAUUAAUUAUUUAAAAGUCUAUGCAGUUAUGAAUUUUUUAGAAGAACAGGCAUUUUAAAUUAAUUUUUGUGGCCUGUGAACUGUUAGCGUUUUGCAGGAAUGAGUGAAAAUAACAGUAGAGCUGUUGCAUAUGCACUGAACAAUUCUAGCUUACAUGUAGGAAAUAAUGAUAAUUUAUAUACUAAAGAACAGUAUCGCAUUAAUGAUACACGUGAAAGUGCUUUAAAUGAUCAUAAUUAUCAUUCUUUUUUACACAUUCAGGAUCUAGAAAUGAAUAAUAACAAAAACAGUUGCAAUUUGUAUCCGUGUACUUAUUGUUCAAAAACUUUUAAUAACCAAGCCAAUUUACUACGACAUAUGCGUAUUCAUACUGGAGAAAAACCAUUUCAGUGUAGAACUUGUAAUAAAAAGUUUACACAACAAAGCAACUUAUGGAAGCAUAUGAAAAUUCACUCAGGUAUAAAACCAUUUGAGUGUGAAUUUUGCAAGAAAACAUUUUCCCAAAGGGCAAAUAUGCAAAAGCAUAUGAUUAUUCAUUUUGGCAUUAAACCAUUUCAGUGUUGUGUAUGUGAGAAGUCGUUUACUCAACAAGCAAACUUAGACAAACAUAUGUUUCUACACACAGGUGAGAAACCUUUUCAAUGUGUUUACUGUUCAAAAAAAUUUGCUCAACGAAUUAAUAUGAUAAAACACCAGAAUUUCCAUUUGGGAUUAAAACCUUACUCCUGUAGUAUUUGUGGGAAUUCUUUUACACAGCAAAGCAAUUUGAAAAAACACAUACAAGUUCAUACACAAGUCAAAAAUUUCAACUGCCACAAGUGUGGAAAAGGAUAUAUCCAAAAAGUAAGCUUAAAAAAACAUCUUUUACAUUGCAAAGAAUCUUCAACACAAAUAAAAGAUGAAGCUUCAUUGUACAGUUAUGAUGAUUUAGAAAAUAGAAUUCAGGCUCACACUAUAUCUAAAGAUGAUACUGAAAUGACAAUUAAAUGUGGUUGCUGCGAUAACGAAUUUGCUGAGGAGGAUACUUUUUUGGAACACCUUGAGACAUGUAAAGAAGGUCUUGAUAAUGCAGAUUCAGAAAUACAUAUUAAUAGAGCUAAAUGCAUAGAAGUUUUAUUAGAUGAGGGUUCCAAUUCAAAAUUCAUUGUUUUAGAUAAUAAUCUUGUUUUGAAAGUUGAAAAACCUAAACAAGACGAUUUUAAUGUAAAUAAUUUGCCAAAUAAUCAUUCAGAACUAAAAUAAUAGUAUAAAUUUUAGGCCGUUUUGUUUCGUUCGUUUAUGGCUGAUAUUUUCAAUUGAACGAUCGCAUGCUAUUUAAUUUGAUUAGAUGUUGAUAUCUUU